GGCUGCUUUCUUGAACGCGUGUGUCACCGAGGGAGUGAUAAGCAAACAGGAACUUGUUGUGCGGUGACAUACGGCUGGGGAAACGAAACAAGACUGGCGGGGAUCACGGGUCGUAUCUGUUGUGUUUUUUCACUCUCACAGGACUCCGCAUGGAGCCAACAAAUUUACAGAAAGCUAUUGCGGUAGCACAGAAGGCCUCACAAGAAGACAAGGCUGGGAACUAUGAGGAGGCCAUCCGCUCCUACCAACAUGCUGUCAAGUACUUUCUCCACAUUGUAAAAUGUGAACCCCAGGGUAAAGAUGGCAACCAGAAGAUAAGAGAUACAUGUAAACAGUACCUGGAUAGAGCGGAAGAACUACAGGAGUACCUAGUGAAUAAAGAGAAAGCCAUUGAUCUCGCCAGCAAGGCGGCACAGGAGGAUAAAGCUCAGAAAUACGAGGAGGCUCUGCGUCUUUACCAGGCUGCUGUUCAGUACUUCCUCCAUGUGGUGAAAUAUGAAGCCCAAAGUGACAAAGCUAAACAGAGCAUCCGGGCAAAAUGUGCAGAAUAUUUGGACAGAGCAGAGAAGUUGAAGGAAUAUUUAAAGAAGAAAGAAAGCGCUCCUCCCGCGAAGCCGGUCAAAGAGUCACAGUCGGAUGACAAAGGGAAUGAAAGUGAUGAAGGUGAUGAUCCGGAGAAAAAGAAGUUCCAAAAUCAACUCUCAGGUGCAAUUGUUAUGGAGAAACCAAACAUCAAAUGGAAUGAUGUUGCUGGUUUAGAGGGAGCCAAGGAGGCACUGAAAGAAGCUGUUAUUCUUCCAAUCAAAUUUCCCCACCUCUUCACAGGAAAGAGAACUCCAUGGAGAGGGAUCUUGCUCUUUGGACCACCAGGUACAGGAAAGUCUUAUCUGGCUAAAGCUGUCGCCACAGAAGCAAACAACUCGACUUUCUUCUCCAUCUCCUCUUCUGACCUUGUCUCCAAAUGGCUGGGGGAGAGUGAAAAGUUGGUGAAGAAUCUUUUUACCCUUGCAAGGGAGCACAAGCCUUCUAUCAUCUUCAUUGAUGAGAUCGACUCCCUGUGUGGCUCGAGAAGUGAGAACGAGAGUGAGGCUGCUCGGCGUAUUAAGACAGAGUUCCUGGUUCAGAUGCAGGGUGUGGGAAAUGACAAUGAGGGAGUGCUGGUACUUGGGGCAACAAAUAUCCCAUGGACCCUAGACUCAGCCAUCAGAAGAAGAUUUGAGAAGAGGAUCUACAUCCCGCUGCCUGAAGAGCACGCACGCUCCUUCAUGUUCAAGCUCCAUCUGGGCGCGACCCCCACAAGUCUCAGCGACACUGACUUUGUCACUCUGGGCAAGAAGACAGAAGGCUACUCGGGAGCAGAUAUCAGCAUCAUUGUCCGAGACGCGCUAAUGCAGCCUGUUAGAAAGGUCCAGUCAGCAACCCACUUCAAAAAGGUACGUGGUGAAUCAAGAACUGACCCCAACAUGCUUGUAGAUGACCUAUUGACUCCUUGCUCUCCUGGCGAUCCCAACGCGAUUGAAAUGACAUGGAUGGAGGUACCUGGGGAGAAGCUAUUGGAACCUGUAGUUUGCAUGUCCGACAUGAUGAGGUCUCUGGCCAACACAAAGCCAACAGUCAAUGAUCAAGAUCUGGUCAAACUGAAAAAAUUCACAGAUGACUUUGGACAGGAAGGCUAGGUGGGAUGAUUGAGCCAAAGCAAAUGGAUUUGGAUUGUCUUUCUUUACUGUCCUUGUCCCUUUUUUUUCUUUUUUACUCUCUCAUCAUAACCAUUCACCAGGCUUCGUGUUUUAUCAUGAGUGGACAAUAUCCCUGCGCUCUUGUUUUGCCAAAUUGACAACCAAGCAAAGGGUGAAAGGACCUAGAUUUAUUUGAAAAUAACCAUUGUCCAAAGAAGAUUAAAAACUUCCCAUCUGUAGCUGACCUGAUAAAAGAAUCAAUGACAUAAAGAAUUUAGAGUGUUGUUUGACUGGUAUUUAUCAGCAGAAUGCCCUAGCAACUUAGGGAAAAUAAUUAAAAAUUGCAAAUAAGGCUUUUGAAGUCAAGAUAAUUUAUUUUAAUUCAAGACUAGCUCUUGUCUCCAGAAUACAUCUUACUAGAUUGAAAUAUAAUACUUGCAUAUUCUCCAUUUUGUAUUA